AGACUAAUGGUCUUGCUAAUGGUUGAUAGAUCACUAGAACAGUACUAUCAGUACAACCGGUACAACAUGUCCAUGGCGAACGAUCGCGAAGUAUUGAGAGGGAUUUGGGAGGGUAAACUUCCCGUUUGUUUUCAACUUGGCGAGUCAGAAAUUAGUGGAGUGCCAGCACCAGAACCAUAUUACUUGAUGGUACCUCGCUUGUCUUAUUUUCCACUUGUCACUGACAGGGCACUAUCCAAUUGGAGUAUUAUUUGAUCUAUUUUUACCCGAUAUUUCUCUUCCGUGGGUCAUUACUGCUAGAUUUGAUAAAUUUCCAGACAAUGAAAUACUUCAUUGCCCAUCUAGAGAAGCUGUUGAGUCUCAUUUCAUGUCAUCAGUUAAAGAGGCUGAUGCAUUGAAACACAGGGGACAAGUGAUCUCAGUAAUGCAGAAGAAGGAUCAUAACCAACUCUGGUUGGGGCUUCAAAAUGAUAAAUUUGACCAGUUUUGGGCAAUCAACAAAAAACUCAUGGAAAUGGCAUCAGGUGAGAGCGAGUUCAAGCAUAUUCCCAUUAGAUUCUACUGUGGCAACAAUGCAUUCAUUCAAAAGCUCAUUCGACCAAUAAAUGAUGACGGAAAACGAAAAACAUUACGAGCUGUGAUUGAAGACAUUUUUCCAACAGAAUACAGUAAUUUGAGGAUAGUGACUCAAGGAAUUGAGCCAUCUGAGGAGACCCCUAUCCAGUGGAUGAGUGAGCACUUGAGUUACCCGGACAAUUUCCUUCAUUUGAUAGUUCUAUCUAAUUUUUGAUUGUAACUAUACACAUCUUUUUGUGCAGUAGUCAGGUAUUUUAACAUUUCAACUCACAAGAAGUUACCUUGUUUUCAAAUGUCGGUGACAGGAAAUUUUUUUCUCGGUUACUGUAUAUUUUAUCGGAACCAAGUUCAAUCAACAGAGCCGUUGAUCUGUUUUUUGGAUUGGUUUUCAGACAGAAGGUACAACAUGAGAGUGCCCACAUUUUUCCGUUUUGUAUCCAAUUAAAUCUCAGCUGAGUAAAACUUUCAAAGUCGCGUCAAUUUUAAGCCCGUGAUUAAUGGAAAAGUGUUGCGCCAACAGAUUUUGUCACAUCACAUGGUGAAUUGACCACCAUACAUCCUCCCAUCGGCGUUUAUUUGUGAACUUUACUUGUUUACUUAUUGUGACUAAAAUUAAUAUGUUCGGACCAUGCCCGUGAUAUCACUGCAUGAAUACUUUUUUACCAGUCAGGCUAAUGAAAAGAGUUGUUAAUUUGUUUUAAAACAUAGCCAAGCCUCUUAUCCAGUCAAAUAAGCUGAUUAACGCCUUUUUAAGCUUUGAAACGUGUUCCUUGCCAAUAGGAAUUGACCCAGGAAAGGUUUUUUUUACUCAUUUUUGACCCAAAGUCAUUCUCAUAAGUUAAGUCCCCGGACGAAUUUAGGGCGGGAGUUACAGUAAGAAAAUUAAAGUUGCAUACCUCCAAAAGACUAGCAUAUUUUACUCCCAGGUUUGGACUGAAUUAAUCAGAAAAAUGUUUCCAUUCAAUAAAAUAUUGAAGUAUUUUCGAAAUCGAUAUAUUUGAUUUUAUAAGCAUUUUUUCCUCUAAAAAUUGAAAGAUAUGUCAAUCCUUCAAUAAAUGUGAAUUUUGAAAUCUA